AAAAGCGGCUGUAAUCCGCGGUUCCUACCUCGAACUGUCGUGCUUGUCUGCUUAUAAACGUCCGAAUUGCUAGAGCUGUGCCAUUAUCUGGAGAGUUACAAUCACCAAAACAAUUAUUACAACUGUAACUUGUUCUAUCACAUUCAAUAUGAGCGGUCCCGGUGUCGGUUUCGAGUACCCUGCCAAGGAGGUAACAUGGUUGAAGCGCGAUGCUCUACUCUUUGCUGCCAGCAUUGGCUGCACUAAUGAAGAGCUCAACUUCCUCUACGAGUUAGACCCAGAUUUUGCCGUCUUUCCUACCUACCCAGUCAUCUUACCUUUCAAGGGCGACACGCAAGAAGUUAUUGAUUUCUAUGCUGCGCAAAAGGCAGUCAAGAUUCCUGGUGUUCCCGAAUUCGACUCUACAAGAGUCGUCGACGGGCAGCGUCUUGUCCAGUUCCUCAAGCCCUUACCGACCUCAUCAGAAGGCAAGAAGUUUGAGAUUCGGACCAAAGUCGUUGGUGUCUAUGACAAGGGUCGUCCGGGCUCGGUCGUCGAGACACAGACAGAUAUCGUAGAUGUUGGUACUGGGGAGGUCUACGCACGUGCCAUCGGCAGCGCUUUCUUCGUCGCGCAGGGCAAUUGGGGCGGUCCCAAGGGUCCCGCGACUGAGAACUUCCCUCCUCCAAAGGGCAAGAAGCCAGAUGCAACUUUUGAGGACCAAACCACUCAGGAGACUGCUCUACUAUACAGGCUCAAUGGGGACUACAACCCUCUCCACGCUCACCCAGAGCCCGGCAAGAAGAUGGGUUUCGGCGGUGCCAUUAUUCAUGGUCUCUACUCGUUCAAUUCCACCGCACACGGAUUGCUGAAGACUAUUGGCGCAAGUGACCCCAAGAACAUCAAGGAGUUCCAGGCGCGUUUCGCAAGCCCCGUCAAACCUGGCGACAAACUGGUGACCCAAGUCUGGAAGACGGGUGAGAUCAAAGAUGGUUGGGAGGAGAUCAGAUUUGUGACCAGUGUUGAAGGCGGCAAAGUGUGCUUGAGCAAUGGUCGCGCUUUGAUGAAGGUGGUCGGCGCAGCGAAGACCAAGUUGUAGAUAUUAUUGUCAUUAGCGGCAGACCAAUUGAUACAGUUAAUACAAGAUCAAGUUUCCCUGCA